AUGGCGUCUGCGUUGCCAAAAGUCAGUGUUUAUGAGUAUUUCAAGUCAGGUUUAUCGGUGAGCGACGAAAAGGUGAUAGCUUUUCGUGACUGUUAUGCAGAGAUAACAUCAAUUGAUCAAUUUGAUGGACAUGUUGUCAACGAAAUAGCAUUAAACAACACGGCCGAACAACUUGGAAUACAAAUCGGAUCGGAUGUCGAUCGAGAAAUACUACGUACAUGUAUCAGGCAAGAUGAUCUCGAGCAAGUCUUGGAUUCUUUGAGUAUAAUACGUCAAAGACAACCACAAGCAUCGCCAUCGGAUGCUUCUGGGACACAAACAAUAUCUGCAACUGUACCUCAACAAUCGCAAGAUGAAGAGACACCAACAGAAUUAACGGAAGUUGAGUGUAUAACAAUCGUCAAGAAUCGAACAAACGAAGUAGAUACUUUCAUCGAGACAUUUCUCUUACAAGUUGCUGGCAGAGUCAGUUCCACAACUAGCAGAUCUACGACUGACAAUCUACCGUUUUCCAAUUAUAACAAUAAGUUUAUACUUGAUCCGAACUCAACUUUUGCACUAUUUAUUCGCGAACAAGUCCAUUCACUUGGUAUCAUUCGACAAAAGCAAUCGGCACAUCUACGUCUCGUCGAACCUGUGAGCAUUACCGAUGAGUUCAGUUCCUGGUCAUACGAUCAUUUUCGUGGUCUCUUUCGAAUUGAACUUCGUAGUCAUUCUGAAAAGAACUUUCCAUCCUCUUGGGUGUUAGACAAAAAUGUUCACAUUCACUGUCAGUUUGUCGUUGAAGGCGCUCAACAAGGCAGUGAAAAUGGAAUAUCAUCAGUCGUUGAUUGUCCGCGUACAAAUUCUCUCGAUCAGUUUGUACGUGAUGUGUGCACCAACGAAGACAACGGACAAGCAAGUGAAUGGCUAAAAGCACUGCGCGAGGAAGACAUUCGGUCAUUCGCUCAUCUGUCUAAUUUGAAACAAUCCGAAUGGGAUAAUAUAAGAAAACUAAGCAUGAACGCGAAGCGAAUUUUGAAAGCAGCGGUGGAUCGAGAACGAGAGAGUGCUACAGAUGAUCGUCGACGUUUGUUUGAAGAAAGUUCUCCGAACCAAGAACUUCCUUCGACUACAGAUAAGUCGAAGAGAGCAGCUCAUUCUGAACUGCUUGCCAGUCUGCAUCUGAUCAAACUGUUUAUUUGUCAUACGCUUCGUUUCGAACGAGCAUUUUGCACUCAUAGAUCUUUACCAAAGAUUGAGGCUGCUUGUAUCGAUGCAUCGUUUGAUGAGAUGCGAAAUGAAGGUUAUGCAGAUGAUGGACUAUUUUCGCCGAUGGGUGAAUUCUUCUUGCCUUUGACAAUCACUGAGGAAGAACUUCGAAUGUCAAGAUCACACGGUGGAAAUCAAGCAAAAGUAGCCAAAAUCGAAGAGCUUGACAACAAAAUUCAUGAUUUGGAAGGACAAUGGCUAAAUGCAAAGAAACAUGUAUUGGAUUUUAAUGAGCGUAUCAAUGAUUUGAACAGAACAAUGGAAGUGUUGCAUGUUUCCUAUACAGAGGAGCGAUCACAAAUAGAUACGAAUAGUACAUCACGUGAUCGUGCAAGAAAAUUACACGACGUUGAUCAACAAUGGCGAUGUGAUCAAAAUAACAUCGAAAAACAGAUUACUGAACAUAAACAAAAAAUGGAUAAGUGGAUUAAUGCCAUGACAACUCAUGAGAAACAAAUCGAUGACUGGAAAACUGAAAGGCGUGAUGUUGAAGCCGAAUUAAAAAAACCACAACUACCAGUAGACAAAGGACUGGUGAAACCUGCGCGUGGAUUUAUCAUGUAUGGUCCUCCUGGUACGGGCAAAUCAGAAAUCAUGAGCAAGUUGUGUGUUAAAUUAGGUAUUUGUAUGGUUGGCCCUCCAUUGGCAGCGGGUGAACUAAAUCGACCAUUGGUCGGAGAAUCCGAACGAGUCAUCAUUGCACUUGCCUCUCGAUGUCAUCGUAUUCCAUAUGCGAUGUGUUGUUUGUCAAUUGAUGAAAUCGAUUCUCUAGCACCAAAACGUGACGAAGAUUCCAGUGAAGGCAAGGUUGAUAAGAUCAGUGUUCUUUUGUCAUUGAUUGAUGGUAUCAAAGAUGUGCCAAACAUGAUGAUCUUUUGUGCUACAAAUCGUUUACAUAUGAUGGAUGAAGCGUUUCUUCGACGAAUGUCCGGAAAGUUCUUUGUUGGUCGACCAUCAUCAAAAGCACGAAUGGAAAUCUUGAAUCAAAUACCAGAAUGGGCUCUUGAACCUAAUCUCACUGAUCGACUGGUGAUUGCCACGACUAACUUCAGUGGUGCAGCUUGCAAAGCAUUUACACGCGCCGUCACCGUUCGGUGCAUGGCUGCUCAACGCACUCGACCAAAUUUUCAUGUUGAUCAUAAAGAAGCUUUGAAAAUCGCUGAUCGCACCGCACAGCAGUACCAAAUCUUCCUUGGCAGUGAGACAUUACCUCGUCUACUUCUACGAAAUCUGAUAAACAAAUCAGAAAUUCGUGUUAAUGGUCUGUCUCGAUAUGUGUACACUGGUCGAAUCAUUGUUGAUUUGAGUGGUGGAAGUGCACGAGUUGAAAUCGUUGAGCCAGAUCAACAUGUCAGCGUCACCAAACACAAACUUUAUGCGAGUGAAACAAGCACACAAGGUCUCCUUGAACGAUUGACUGUCUACGGAAAAGAGCGCAAUGUGCAACUUCUUCAACUGGUUGAUCUCAAUCUAUUAGCAUCACAAGGUGCAUAUGAUGAGAAGAAAGUGUUUGAAACCCUGAAAGAACGGUAUGAUGAAUGUGUCGCCUAUACUCGCUCGAUGAUCAUCUAUGAUCUUGAUGCAUUAGUUGGGGUGAAUAAGUCAGAAUCAGAUUCAUCGAUGGGCCGAUCGAUGAGCUCAUCUGUUGUUAACCAAAGUAUCUAUACAUAUGUUCGAGCACGGUUUCGUGAAGCUGUUGUCGAACAAUCACAAGGUGACAAUAAGGAUCAACAACAAACUGUGGAAAAGUGGGCAGUUGCUGUGAUUCGAGAACCUUUUCUUUUGCGGCAAUUUUCAUCGGAUGUUCAAUUCGCACGAACUCGAUUAGAAGAAAGGGAAGAAGAAUUGGAACGACGUAAAGCAGAAGAUCUAUUGAAAUGUGUCAAAUGCAAAGAUCACUACAUUGAGAAUGAAAAUAAGAUGGGCAAUUGUGUUCAUCAUGAUGGAUUCGUCUAUGAUGUUUCAGUGCCUGAUCUGACUAUGUAUACACCAAGUGAAGUGGCUUUGGCACUGAAUAAAUUGGAAUAUGGAAUCAUAAACAAUCCGGAUAGACGCGAAGAGUAUGAACGACAAAAGAAUAAAUUCAAAUGGAUAUGCUGCGAUGCAACAGUGACAACGACGACGGGUGCAGGCGGGUGUAAGAAAGGUAAACAUAGUUGCGGUGGUGAUGGCGAUCAAACAAGUGGAGGUGAUCGACAACAAGAUUUCAGUUGCCUUGAUGAAGCUCGAAUCAGGCGAUGGGAAAAAGAAUGUCAACGAAAUCGAGAAUACAAUGAUAAGUGGUUACGUUUACUAGAAAGUCGAGGUUAG